AUGCGUCUCUCUACUCCCGCUGCCCUUGCCGCAGCUGCAGUCCUUUCUGGGACUGUCAAGGCUGAUGCUCAGGCUGUCCUGGCCGAGGACAGCUCCUCUGCCACAAGUGUCGCCGGUGAUUCUCCAUCACCUAAGACGGAUCUUCCAACUCUCCCCACUUUCACCCCUUCCACUAUCAAAGCCGACUUCGUGGAGCAGUUCACAGACGAUUGGGAGGCAAGAUGGAAGCCGUCCCACGCCAAAAAGGACACCAAGGGUUCCGACAAGGAUGAGGAGUGGGCAUAUGUUGGAGAAUGGGCUGUGGAAGAGCCACGAGUCUUCAAGGGAAUGGAGGGUGACAAGGGCUUGGUUGUGAAGAACGCUGCUGCGCAUCAUGCCAUCUCUGCCAAGUUCCCUAAGAAGAUCGAUAACAAGGGCAAGACUCUCGUGGUUCAAUACGAGGUCAAGCUCCAAAACGGACUUGAGUGUGGUGGUGCUUACUUGAAGCUCCUCCGGGACAACAAGGCUCUCCACCAGGAUGAGUUCUCCAAUACCUCCCCCUACGUGAUCAUGUUUGGACCCGAUAAGUGUGGCUCCACCAACAAGGUUCACUUGAUCAUCAACCACAAGAACCCCAAGACCGGCGAGUAUGAAGAGAAGCAUUUGGCAUCGGCCCCAUCGGCCCGUAUUGUCAGGACUACCGAGCUCUACACUUUGAUCAUUCAUCCUAACAACACUGCUAUCAUCAAAUUGAACAACGAGCAAGUCAAGGAGGUCAACCUCCUCGAGGACUUCUCCCCAGCUUUCAACCCCCCCAAGGAGAUUGAUGACGUGAAGGACACCAAGCCAGACGACUGGGUUGAUGAGGCCAGAAUCCCAGACCCCGAGGCCAAGAAGCCAGAGGACCACGAUGAGGAUGCCCCAUACGAGAUCGUUGACGAGAAUGCUACCAAGCCUGAGGACUGGCUUGACAACGAGCCUGUCACCAUCCCCGACCCAGAGGCCACCAAGCCCGAGGACUGGGAUGAUGAGGAAGAUGGAGACUGGGUCGCCCCAACCGUCAGCAACCCCAAGUGUGAGGAGGUAUCUGGUUGUGGAAAAUGGGAGAAGCCGAUGAUCAAGAACCCGGCGUACAAGGGGAAGUGGACCGCACCAUACAUUGACAACCCGGCCUACAAGGGUGCCUGGGCCCCCCGCAAGAUCAAGAACCCCGACUACUACGAGGACAAGCACCCGUCCAACUUGGAGCCCAUGGGAGCCAUCGGCUUCGAGAUCUGGACCAUGCAAAACGACAUCCUCUUUGAUAACAUCUACAUUGGUCACUCCGUCGCCGACGCUGAGAAGUUCGCCGACGAGACUUUCAAUGAGAAGCACCCGGUUGAGCAAUUGAUUGAGCUUGCCGAGAAGCCAAAGGCGGAUGAUUCCAAGCCCGCCAAGUCCCCAUCCGACCUUGUCUUCAAAGAUGACCCUGUCCACUACGUCAAGGAGAAGCUUGAUCUCUUCUUCACCAUCGCCCAGAAAGACCCUAUCCAAGCCAUCAAGUUCGUGCCUGAGGCUGCCGGUGGGCUCGCCGCGGUCUUCGUCACCCUCAUCGCUCUCAUCAUCGGUAUCGUCUCUUCCAGCGGCUCGUCGACUCCUCCUCAAGUCAAGAAGGCUGCCGAGAAGGCCAAGGCCACUGCCGUGGACGCUAAGGAGAAGGUCGUAGAAGCUGCCGCAUCUGGAGUAGAUAAGGCUAAGGCCGAGAAGCGUGCGACUCGCAGCAGUUCAUAG